AUGAACAAACGAGGAUUGGCGCACGUUCGCAUUGGGCAUGCUGGUGCACCACAAACGCACCAAAAGCGUUCUUCAUGCUCCACGGGCGGUUUUUAUAUCAGCCCCUCUCAGGGUCAAACCGUUAACAGCAGUAGUCCCUUUAACAUCACCUGGGACACAUCCUGCUUGUCCAAUACACAAGGUGUUGAUAUCUAUCUUAUCGCCCCCAGCUUGAUUAGCAGCCGUAUUCACGAAUGGCAAAACGUUAAUUACGCCCUGGGAAACUAUCAGACCAGCCUCGAGACCAAGUGGUGGAAUGACACCUCCACGGUCAACCUGCAGCUUUCCAUCGUCACUUCCAACACACAACCAUUCCUUAGCCCCUUUCCUGCGGGCCCUGUAUUUACUGCUACAUAUACUGCACCAUCCGACGGUUCUACCCCAGCCAGCGCCGAUCUCAGUUCUCCUGAUGGUGUCACUUAUGUCGGAAACUUCCCUUCCAGCAGCUCUUCCUCUGGCGGAAAGAUCGCUGCCGGCGUCCUGGUGCCGCUGAUUGUCAUCGGAUUGGGCAUAGCCGUCUAUUUCAAAUUAAGUCGCGCCAAAUCCAAGGAAAAGAGCAGGCGCUUCAGCGAGGUCAUCGACAAGCGUAUGUCGACAAUCUCCGUGGACUGGAAGUCCAUGUCUGCUGCUGGUGCUUCGGCAGCUAUUCGUCACAGCAUGGCAGUUUCAGGUGGAGGAUAUCGCAACUCAUCGUUUUCCUUUGGUCCGAUUCGCCCCGUCAGCACUGCUGCUGCUGUCGAAGGCGUUCCUUCUAUAUCAGACAAAGCCAGUUUGGACGUGCCAAGGAUGUCUCAACUACGUCCCGGCUUGCGUUCUCAGACUACCUUAGGCGAGCGGGUAUCGCGAGUAUCAUUCGCUACAGACAUUCGUCCAUCAAUAGAGUCUCGUCGCACCGUUGGAACCAGUCGUGCCUUCCAUACUGGCAUUGUGCCCCCUCUUCCUUCUAACGACGAUAAGGAAGAGACGGGAGAUCUCUCUCCCACACAAACUAAGGGACCCUUUACUCUCACUCCGGAUGAUAUUCGUGCCCGUAUGUCCCUUAGUGGAGCAUCGGAGGCACGUCCUAGUAUGGAUGAAGUUUGGCCAUCCUUGAGCAUGAUGCGCACAGGAAAUGAAGCCAGUGGAGAUGAUUACUUGCUGCCCCAGGAGCAGCAGAGCGUCGACAUGCCUCUUCCUCCCGUUCCAGCGCAUCCUGCCCCGGAAUCAGGUCUCGCUAUGAUGCCCAUGCCUGCUAGCGUUAUGUCUCCCGACGAGAUGCUCCGCGCCUAUGCCGAACGGAGAAUGAAGUCCCCUCCCCCUAGUUCCUUGGCAUUCCCUGUCCCAGCCGCCAGCUACAACGGUAAUGGUAUGCGGACGUUGUACACUCCCAGCCUCUGCACCGAGGAGGGUGGCGAGCAAAACAAUCGUUACACUCAGGUGUAUGAUGACCCUUACGCUGGCACUGCUUGA